AUGCUUUUUGUUCUUUCCGCAAUAGGAUUUUCUCAAAAGUUUAAACCUAUUGCACCCUUCUUACAAGGUAAGACUAGAAAGCAUACUGGCUUCAGUCAUAGAUAUCUAAAACCUUCAUUUGUCCGUAUCCCCAACUUUCAAUUAUCUGAAUCUAACCCCAUUAUGCCACCUCUUAGAAAACUUCCAUAUCUUCUCAAAGAUGAUAAACCUAUAUUUAAAAAUACAGAAAUGGAGAAGAAUUUUUUUACACCAAAUAUUGUCAGUAUUCACAACUAUCAAGAUGACAAUUCAUACACUGUCCACUGCUGCAGGCAUCAUAAGCAAGGAGAUGCAGAAAACGGCUAUUUACCCCGUCUCCCACCCAUUACAGAUGCUACCAAAGAUGAAAGCGUACACAAGGGUGGACAACCAAAAUUUUGGACACACAAUGGUCCAUGGGCUGGUCUUCUUGACAAAAAUACAAAAAAAGGUAAAUUCAUUUUGCCGCGUAAUUUACCCAGAACUUUAACAACAAACAACCAAUGGGAUCACUUCCAUCAAAGGCAAUAUCCCCCACCAAUUAUUUUGUAA